AUGGAACCCAAGGAUACAAGCACCGCGGAGCCCGCCACGCCAACAAACACAAACAUAAGCCCCAUCACCUUGAAGAACAACAACGAAGCGGACGUCCUCUACACUCCACCUUCCUCAACUACAAGCAUGUCUUCGGCACCCACCACUUCCACCGGCCUUAUAGGCGCAGCCAACAUCUCUAUCCGCACAUACAUCUACUUCCUCCCUUACCCGCUCCCUCCCAAUACCCCAGUCCCCUACACCACCAAUCUCCUCACAAACAACCCCCUCAAACUCCCCACCACCCUCUUCGAACCCACCUCCACCCUCGUCCUCACCAGCCCCGCCAACACCUUCGUCGACCUCCGCUUCCUCAAGCCGCUCACGCCCUCCCCCGCCGUCGAUGAGCUCGAAUGGGGUUUUGCAGGCCACUCCUCGUCGCGCCCCACCGCGCUCCCCGGCGUCAGCCACUCCACAUGGACGCACUUCGUCGACUCGCGCUACCCCGCGGAUUCCAAGGGCAUCCCCGUCGAUGAGGGCGACAUGUACGCCUUGAACGACAAUCUGACACUCGAGCAUGGUCACGCAUUCCAUCCGCAUCUCAAAGCCGUCAAGUCGCACGAGGAGAUGUGGGAGGACGAAGACGUUCUUUCAACCGACGCGGGGGGUACGAAGAAGUGUGUUGUGCUGGGCCUGCAGAACGAUAAGAAGGGCAUCAGGGGCGCGAUUGUCCGGCUCGGACAGUAUGUGCAGGGUAUUGUUGUUAUGGGCAACGAGGUCACGGCUGAACAGUGGGAGUGGACGGAGAAGGAGAGUUGGAAGCGCACGAAGAGGGUGGGUAGGCAGAUGCUGCCUUGUGCGGUUUUGACGGAGGCGAUGGGGAUGGGGGUGGGUGGGGUGGUUAGGUUUGGGGAGUUUGAGUGGAGCGUGCAGGAGGUUUGGGAGUGGUAG